UUCAUUCAGUAUUCAUUGCAUCAGUUUUAUUUGGGAUUUGGUAUUGAAAACAUAAAAUGCAUGAAUAAAUCAUGAAUAAGCUAGGUCCUCAAAUGUUCAUAAACGAUAUUGAAAACAAGGAAGAUAUAACUAAUAUAAUCUUGAGUGAACUACGUGAACAUGGAAUUAAGUAUAGAAAAGAAAAGCGGCUGAAAAUUGGACAGGAAAAGUCGCACUAUAAACGAAUUUUUAACGUGCCGCUGCAUACAUUGGAGUUAACAGACGUUAUUCUAGCAAAUGGGUAUGUCGCGCAGGUUCCUCUGUUUGUUUCAAAUGCCUGUCAACGUAUUUUAGAACAAAUCAACACGGAAGGAUUAUUUAGGAAAGCCGGAUCCGCGAAAAGACAACUAGAAAUUAAAGCUAGUAUCGAAUCAGGAAAAUAUCUGGCAAAAUCAUAUCAUGUAAUAGACAUUGCCAAUAUCUUGAAAACAUUCUUUCGUGAUCUUCCGGAACCGCUGUUACCGACAGGCAACAUUCAAGAAGCUUUAAUAAGAUGUCUUUUAUCCGGUGAACAUAAAGUACAUAAUCUAAUGAUAACAUGUUUGCUGCUUCCACCAAUAACUGUCAAUACGUUGGCAUUUUUUAUGCAAUUUUUGCACACCGUUUCCCUCCAUUCGAGCGCUAACAAGAUGACGGCAGAGAAUCUGGCUAUAAUUUUUGCUCCAAAUUUAAUGCCCAUAGCACAAAUGAUCCAACAGCGCCUGGCUAGCCAUGUUAAAGUUAUACAAUUGUUGAUAGAAAACUCUCAUAAAAUUGGUGUAAUUCCCGAGAGUGUUUUUGACAAAAUUAAUGAUUCUGUAACUAACAUUCGGUUAGCUGGAGAUUUGCAUAACAGUACAUUAGUUUGCAGUGCGACGGAAAAAAAGAAAAAGAAACGAAGGAGUGGAUCAAUUACUCGUAUGUUUCAUGGUCUGAAAAAAAUAGUUGGUGCAGUUGGUUCUUCUGAAAGUUUGGAUAAACCCGAUGAGUCCCUCAAAGCGGCUGUGACUCCGUGUUUGAACAAAUCUAAAAAACGCAAAGUAACGGAUAAUAUGCCAUUUAGUGCAAAAAAAAAGAAAGAAGUGAUUUCCUCAUUACCCGAUACUCAUGAAAUACUCCCAUACACUCCAAUCACAAUGUUGAAAGAUGUGAAGAAAUCCCGUCUUAGUCUUGGAGGGCAAAAGCAAAAAGGAAGUAAACAUAGUGUUCCCCUUAUGCCUAGUUCGUCUGUUUCAUCAAUCGUUGAUAGCAAGCCUAUGGAACGACGAUGGAGCCUAGUUAGUGCACCAUGGAGCCGUAAAAAACGUGUUGAGACAACGAAUGUUACAACUGGAAACAAAACCGAAGACGAAGAUGACGACGAAAUUCAUGGAAGGAAGGUUUUCAAAGGUUUGUCACCGGUAAACUCACUGCCAAAUUUAAGAAGUCCCAUAACAGAACAUGACUUGGAGCAUUGUGAAACUCAGACGUUUGGAAUACCUUUUUUGAGAGGAAGAGCAUUAUUUGAAGAUGACGAGGAUGAAAAUAAAUGCAAUAUCGAUCGGAUUGAUGGAGAAGAAUAUUUCAGGAUUUCCAAAAGUGAGUAUGAAGCUAUUAAAGAACGUGUAGCGGCCAUUGAAACACGGAUAUCGCAAGAAUUUGAAAAUAUAGAUAAAACUGAAAUGGAUCAUAAUAUAGAUAUUCUGGACAUAAAUUGUAUAGCAGACAAAUACAACAUGACGUUGAAAACAACGGAGCCUAUAGAGGCUAACAAUUCAAGUACUGAUCAAUUGGCUAAACGUUUGAGCCGAGAGUUAAAAAUUCGACGUAGCGCAGAACAUUGCAUGAUGCGUUCUCCAAGUGCACGUAAAAUUGGUUCCAUGAGGCGUCGGUCUCGAGAAAGUGCCCGGCUUUCUAGAAAUCAAUCAUGGCAUCUAGGAUCAAGUAUUUUAAAUAAACAACCUGUGCUUUCUCCUAUGUCAGAUUUAUCGUUUUAUCCUAAAACAAAUCUUAAAAGAGGUCGCCCAAAUACAGUUCAAAGUGGGCUAAAACAACCUGAAUUAAGUCCAGUGAGAUGCAACAAAAGUAAUGAAGAUUCCAGAAAUGUAAAUGCAGAAGAAAAAUGUGGAAUGAAAUGGACUAAUGCCGAAACCUUCUUCAACAACACUGUUAAUUUACAGAAUUCACUCAACGGGACCACAAUAGAACCGGCUCAAGAAAUUUUUAAAACUCCAGAUCUAAAAACAGUAACCCGAAAAGUUUCAAUCAGAUCCUCCGAAAAAAACAAAAAGAACUCUCUUUGCUUUGGUACCAAAAUUGAAGACAGUGAAAUUAAAACACCUAUGUUACCACCCCGAAAAACACCGUCUAAAAUUUCUGUCCGCCCCUCAAGGACACCAGGGCGGUUAGAUUUGGUUACACACAGAGAUCAAAUAACUCCAUUGCAAGAACUACAGUCAGGACGAGCUUCAAUUGCCCGAUUACGUAGUCAAAAUGCGGGAAUGGUUUUAGCGAAAGCCAAACUAUUUGACGGAAUUGUAUCCAAUAGUACUAAUCAAAUACCAUCAUUACAAAUGCAAAAAAAUCGUCACCAAAAUGAGAAACAUAUAACGAAGGUCGUAUCUGAAACUUUUAGUCGCAACAGCAAUCAAAUGGAUGAAACAAAAAGUAUUUCUCCUUUAGUACAAAACAAUAUUUGUGCUACCGUAAAUUACAGCCAAAAGAAACAACAAAAAUCUACUCCUCGAAAGCGCGCUUGCGCAAAAUCUCCUCACGGUGGCAUUAACCGAAGAGAAAAAUUACGUGUUGCUGGCAAAUCUGCCACUAAAGUUCAUCAUUCACCACGUCUUAUACGACACCUGCGAGACGAGUCUCAUUUGCUAAAAUCCUGUAAAAGAGCGAAUAUUAAAGUACAUGCAUCACCGAAUCUUUACGAUUUGGACAAUAACACUCCGCAUGUUAAAAGGGAAUCAAUGCGUAAUUCGCCUAGACGUCUCGUAGAUAAGAAGAUCGUAAAUAAUAAAGAAAACAAACGUUUUAAUCCUAGCGUUCGUCAACAAACGCCGUUGAAAGAGAAUUCUCUCCAAAAAUUAUCACUAGUGUCCCAUAGCGGCUACAUUGCUUCAAACAAUAAUGCAAGGCGUGAAUGGCCACGGCUGUUGACUAAAGAAACCAUUACUCGACAUUAAUUCAAAGUAAAGAAUACAUGGAAGUAAUAGAGCAAUGAAAUACUUCAUGAGAAAUAAUGUAAAUGUAUUGACCCAAUGUAGCCAUAACUGUCAUUUAUGACAGU